AUGUCCAUCGCCCGGUCCCCGGUUGCGGAGAACGGCUCCGAGGUAAACCCAUUUGAAUUCCUGGCAUGCGACAACAAUGAGCAGCAGUUGUGGGAGGAGGUGUACCUGCGGCAGUUCCCUGAUGCCCAGGAGUUUGAGGCCUUGACGUUGGAGGAGCAACGGGAGAUUGUGGCGGAGUUGCAGGAAGAAGUGGAUCUGCUGGAAGAGGAGACAACAGUGUUUCUGCGCCACGCAGAGUCUUUGCGAAUGCCACGCGUCCCCAACGCCCUUCUCGGUUCGCCCACGAACAGAAGAAAAUCCCUCUCGACACUUCUUCUCUCCGAACCUCUCCCGCAGGCGCCGGAGGAUAGCACUGUGAAUGAGAAUUUGGUCGCGGCGAGCGGGGAACUCGGCGGGGAGGCCAUCGUCCUCUCAUCUUCCAGCGUCCGCCGGGGUCAGGCGUACAGUCGCAAGUCGGUAGACACCAAUGAAAUGUACGUCACACUAGAGGACCGCGUGGCGAUGCUUACAAAGGAGAGGGAGAGGCUUCGGCAGCAGCGGGAAAAGGACGAAAAGGAGGGGGAACAUCUACACGAAUUGCUCACAGCGACUGUGAAGGAAGCCGUUGGACGCUCGAAGGAACUUCGGCUGGAGUUGCUGCAGUUUAAACGGGAGGUGCUGAACGAGGGAAGCAGCACCGCCUCAUCAGACGACUUGCUGCGAUUUAUGGCAAAGCGCUACAGCAUGCAGGCAAAGUACCUGGACAAGUUGAAUGUUCAGUGUGCGGCGGCGGAGCGAAAUAUCACGCAGACCCAACAGCAACUGCGACAACGCCAUGCGGCUGGGGAGGCCUUUCGCGCCAUUGACUUUGAACAGCUCCGCAUUGAGAACCAGCAGUUUAAUGAACGCAUCGAGCGGAAGAAUUUAGAACUUGUGGAAUUGAAGGGAACGUCCACUCGCACCGUGCAGACGCUCAACACACUC